CAGACAGACAGAUACAACAUUCACAGUCAACUGGAACAUCGUAAGUUCACUAACAGUUGAUAAAAAAUUCAUUUUUAACUUAAACUCUCUGUAGACAAACCUCUCUGGGAUACCCCAGGUUAUGUUCUCUUCAUGUUCUCCUUUUCGUGGCUCAAAUUUUACUGUUUAGUCCACUAGCAAAGUUUAUGCAAGCAAUUUUUUUUUGGCUGAAAAUACGGUAACUUCAGCAGCUACUUUUUGUCACUGAGGUUGAGGGUGUCGUAGAAAAGCAAGAUUAUAAUAUGCCUUGAAACAAAAACCUCUCAAAUUUUUACAAGAACAGAAUUUUUCAAGAACACUUACAUUUCACUCUCAAUUUUUUACUGGAGAAAUGUUUGCUGCAAAAAUGUUUGUUAGAGGACAUUUGCUACUUUCAAAAACCAACUAUAUUUUGUGAGUUUUUUAAUUGCUGAAAAUCUUGUUUUUAUUAGUUUGUUUGUGUGUACUACUGUAGCAAACACAUUUUCUCUUUCAUCAUAGUUCAGUCAAAGUAUGUUGGAACUGGGCAUUCAGACACAACAAAAUUGUAAGUGAAUGAAGUUACCUUUAAUCUCAUCACUGAAAUGCAACCAUACAAAGAUGGCAGCUUUCAAAAUUGAUUGAAGCAUUUGAGUUGUUUGUUAUUGUUCAAAACAUAAUUAUGAUUGUUUUAGUGGGUUGAAAAUUGCUGUGCUGCUUCACCCUUUCAAGUAUUUUUUCAAUGUGGGAAACCAAAUGCAUAUGUGGAUAUGGAUGUCAUUUCCUUGAUGUGGUGGGAGGAGGUUGUGCCAAGUGGGUUGUUUGUUAAAACUCACUUUGGAAACAAAGUUCUACUACAAUCUAUAGGAGACAUUGCUGUUUACAAACAUUGUUUUUGUUUUUCAAAUAUGUAAUGAGUGAAACAUAGGAAUCUUUUGGUACAAGAAGCAAUGCGCUUCUGCUGGCACAUUAAUAUCAAGUAUUGCAAUAGACCUUUUUACCGAUAUGGCGGCCAUAUUGAAUUAAUUUGAUUUAAGGAGUAUUAUAGGAUGCCCCGGGGGCAUGAGCACAUUUCGUUUGUAUUUUCGAGCGCUUUUCAAGACAUUUUUUCUUAAAGUUUUCUCAGAAUAAGAUUGUAAUGGGCAAAAAGAUACUUGUGCCGUGUUUUGAUGUAAUAAUGAUAACCUUUUUCAAGUUUAGUAUUAGAAAUAUGUAUAUUUCUUGGGAAAAAGGCGAUCAUUAUUACAUCAAAACAUGGUACAAGGAUCUUUUUGCCCAUUACAAUCUUAUUCUAAGAAAACUUUAAGAAAAAAUGUCCCGAAAAGCGCUCGAAAAUGCAAAUGAAAUGUGUUCAUGCCCCCUGGGCAUCCUAUAAUACUCCUUAAAUCGAAUUCAUUCAAUAUGGCCGCCGUAUCGUUAAAAAGGUCUAUUGACGGAAUUUUAUGAGAGGAUUUGAUAGCUCAAGCUUAGCUCUCCGUAGCAGAAUAACACCAACAUCCACAGGAUAGUCCCGUCCCUAGCUAAUGUGUUUUUUGUUUGUUUGUGUCUUUUAGUGAGUGGCUAGUCAAUCAACACAGAGACAGUGCAGCAUCCUACAUUGGCCACUACAAUCUACUGGAUUACUUUGCCUUAGUAGAAAAUGAAUCAAGGGCUAGAACAAAGUUUAACCUUUUAGAGGUAGUGUGUUGAAUUAUUUUGACUGAAACUUGUGUUUAUUUGUCAAAUAUUACCAGUUAUUUUUUAAUGUGGUUUGUUUGAAAGCUUAAUUAACUUGAAGUAUCUUUACUCAUCUCUUUUCCAAAAUGUGUGACUUUUCUAGAUGCCCUAUAAGCAGAGGUGUAUUAUUAAAUUAUUAUUUUUUGCACUUCAUACUCUAUGCACACCUGCCUGUCACAUUGGCUGUUUCUUUUCAUCUAGAAAUAGCCAGCGUGCAAAAAGUAAAAAAUAGACUAUGGAAUAAAAAAAGAGGAGAAGGCUUGUUCAGCCAACGUCUUAUUUUUAUGUCUUAUUUUAUAAUAGUUAUUCUGUGAAUUGAGAAAUUCUUCCUUAGGUGGUCAGCCUGGGUAAAAUUCAAGCCUAUGAAUUAUUGGAAGUUACUUUAUCACAAUUUGUUUAAGUGAUGUACUUACUUAGCAUAAUAACCUGCUUUACUGUAGAAAAUGCUGCAACCCUGUGGCACACCACCACACAGACCUGAUCAAGAUUAG